CAGUAAGAAACGAAUUAGUACAUCCACCGAAGAGUCAUCUAGCAAGAAAAAGAAGAUAACAGUUAAGGAGAGCGAUUCCGCUAUGUUGAAAAAGCUUGUUAAAGAGCUAAAGGAUGAUAGUAUCAAUCAAGAAUUGUCAUUCCCCACCCAGUCACCCAAAGAUA